AUGUCAAGUCGCUAUUCGUCAAACUUACAUCAAAGAGAUAAUCGAUCGUCUCUGUUCGAAACACGAUCUGCAUCGCCAUAUGAUGAUGCUCCAUCCAAGAAGGAUUACAAGGCUAGUUUGCUCUCCCAGUUAGAAUCGCAAAAUGAGGACGAGCUAAGUUCAAUGUCAGAAAAAGUCUUGAUGCUCAAGAACCUGGGUUCCAGAAUGGGUGACGAAAUCAAGAACUCCCAGCUCAACAUUGACGACCUACAUAGCACAAUGACAAACACACAAACGCGGCUGAAAAAUACCUUCAAAAGGAUGAUGGUAAUGGCUAAGAAAACAGGUAUUUCAUGGAAGUUAUGGCUGCUGUUCUUCUUCCUCGUCUGGCUUUGGUUCUUUUUUGUGUGGCUUAGAUGA